AUGGCCGGCAAAUCUUUCAAGCUACUCUGUCUGGAGAACCCUCUCCUCGACAUCCAGGGUCAAGGUGAUCAAGCGAUGCUUGAGGAAUAUGGACUCAAACUCGACGAUACGUUGUUGGUCGACGCUGAGAAAGAGCCCGAGAAGAUGGGACUUUACGACGACUUGAUCAAGAACCGCAAUGCCAAGCUGAUCCCUGGUGGCGCAGCCCAGAAUACUGCCCGUGGGGCCCAGUAUAUGCUUGGACCGGACUCGGUGUGGUACAUUGGUUCUGUUGGUGAUGACGAAUACAGCAAGUUGCUGCGCGAGAAAUGCGCAGAACAAGGCCUGCACGUCGAAUACCACGUCGACAGCGCCCCUACCGGCAAAUGCGGUGUCGUGAUCACCGACCACCACCGGACGAUGCUGACGCACCUCGCGGCCGCCAACAACUACAAACUCACCCAUCUACAGCAACCCUCCAUCUGGUCCCUCGUCACCUCCACCCCAGUCUACUAUGUUGGCGGCUACCACCUCACGGUGUGCCCACCCGCGGCCAUGGCCCUCGCCACGCACGCCGCCGAGACCAACAAGACCUUCAUGCUCUCGCUGUCCGCCGGCUUCAUCCCGCAAUUCUUCAAGGACCCGCUCUCCGAAAUACUGCCGUACUGCGACUACGUCUUCGGCAACGAGAACGAGGCCACCACCUGGGCGGAGAACAACGGCUUCGAGAGCGUCAAGGACAACAUCCCCGAGGCGGCCAAGGCGCUGGCUGGGACGGAAAAAGUCAAUGCGAAGCGACCCCGUGUCGUCAUCAUCACGCAGGGGACGGAUCCGACCAUCGUGGCCGUCAAAGAGGAUGGCAAGGAGGCGCAGGUCCAGGAGUAUCCCGUGGCGGCGAUUGACGGGAAAGACAUUGUGGAUACGAACGGCGCUGGUGAUGCGUUUGCGGGAGGCUUCUGCGCCGGUAUUGUGGAGGGCAAGAGCCUCGAGGAGAGCAUUGCCCAAGGCCACUGGUUGGCCAGGCUGGGCUUGAAGGAAUUGGGACCCUCGUAUGUGCUGCUCUAUCCCUUUUCGUUUGUCAGGUCGUUCGCACACCGCAGUGCGAUGCGGUUUGAGUACAGGAUUCCUCCUAUGGACGCUGUCGCAGACCAAUUCGCCCGUUCUCUCCCAUUCUCGCACUUCACUAUCGCUCUCCCCACCUCCCAGAUACAUCCCCCAGCGUCACCGAUUCCAGGCUGA